AUGCCAGCAAUUCUCGUGGCCUCGAAAAUGAAGUCGGGACUGCCCAAGCCGGUCCAUACUGCUAGCCCCAUCCCAAAUGUCAGCGCCAGGGCUGUGCAGCAGUCUGGUUACCUGAAGCUGGGCAGCAAGGUGGAAGUGACCAGGCCCAUGUACUCGAGCCUGAUCCCACUCAAAUCAUCGCAUGUGUUGGACAGUGAAGGGGAGAAGCUGCUACUCGGCAAGAGCAACACGGCAGAAAAUAGCUUUGACACCCAGAUUUACACCGACUGGGCCAAUCAUUACCUGGCAAAGUCUGGCCACAAGCAUCUUAUCAGGGACCUGCAACAGGAUGUGAGGGAUGGUGUGCUCCUGGCUGAGAUCAUUCAGGUUGUAGCAAACGAAAAGAUUGAAGACAUCAAUGGCUGUCCGAAGAAUCAAUCUCAGAUGAUUGAAAAUAUCGAUGUGUGCCUGAGUUUCUUGGCUGCUAAAGGUGUGAAUAUACAGGGUCUUUCUGCAGAAGAAAUCCGAAAUGGGAAUUUGAAAGCCAUCUUGGGCCUCUUCUUCAGCCUUUCGCGAUAUAAGCAGCAACAACAGCAGGCACAGAAACAACAACCAGCUUCACUUGUAUGUCCACAGCAGGUGCCUCAGCAUCAUCACACCCAGCAUCAGUGCCAGGCUGGCACCCAGGAACAGCAUCAGACUGCACCCUGCAGCCAGCCUCACCAACAAGCCCAGCAACAGUGCCAACAAAAAGGGCAGCUGGAAAUGCAGUCAAGUGUGUCAUCCAGGUUAUCUUCCCAAAGCAAAAGCACAAGACAUGCGCCCAAUCAAAGAAAGACCUCUAGGCUUCCAGCCCCCACAACGAGAUUGUCAGCUGCUGGCAGCGACAACAAGGCUCGUGUAUCCACCAGCGCAAACAACAGGCGCAGUCAGAGCUUCAACAACUUUGAUAAAUCCAAAUCUGCUCACACGCCAGCAGCAAGUAAUGAGAAAGUUGCAGAGCCCGUGGACAACAUCGUCUCACAGCCCGGAAUGAAUGAAAAUGUCCAGUCUUCGGCGAGUAGCAGCACGGGCAGUAUUGGUGGGAGCUUGUCUGCCAUUCCCCAGCCGAACUCUGCCAAAGCCUGGCGCAGCAAAUCCCUCAAUGCCAAGCACACUGCCACGUCUUCCAUGUUAUCUGUGAAGCCACCCCCACAGGAACCCCCGAAGCCAGCCAUAGAACCCGCUCCCAAGUCUGGUGCCAAUGGCCAGAAAUCCAUGCUGGAGAAAUUGAAGCUGUUCAACAGUAAAGGUGGCUCCAAAGCUGUUGGAGCCACCCUGGAGAACUCAGGGUCUCGCGAUGGCAGCUGUGAAAGGGUGGAAGCCCCUUCUAACUGUGUGGACCUGAGUGAAGCAGACGCGUCAGCCAGAUGUGUUAGUAAUGCCGCACCUGCCUCAAACAGCCCAAAGAUUGCACUAAAAGGCAUUGCACAAAGAACCAUCAGCCGAGCACUGAGCAAUAAGAAAAACUCCCCGAAAGGCAGCGAAAAGGAAAAAGAGAAGCAGAAAGAGAAAGAGAGGGACAAAACGAAGGAGACCUCCAAAAGGACUUCUGGCUCUGAUAAAGCUGAAUUGGAAAAGGAGCUGAAAGAGGGACCACAGGUCACUGCUUCCGAAAUGCCAAAAAAGUCCUCCAAACUCUCGAGCUUUAUCCCGAAAGGAGGGAAAUCGAAUGGUGCCAAAAAGGAUCCCCCUGCACCUCAGCAAAGUGGAAUACCAAAACCAGGGCUAAAAACCUCAACAGGGAAAUCUACAAGUGCCCAAGCUUCUGUGAAGGAGGCUGAGCGACCCCGCAGUGCGAGGCUUAGUGCUGGAAUCUCGCUGCAGAAAUCACAGCUAGACAGUAAGAAUUCCAGUUCCAGUAGUUUGGCCUCCUCGGAGGGGAAAGGGGCUGGAGGAACACCCCCGACAAGCAGUAGCAAUGUUCCGACUGCCACUACAGUCAGCACAACACAAACUACAGGAAGCAACACAGUCAGUGUACAGCUACCUCACCCACAACACCAGUACAACCACCCCAACACUGCCACUGUUGCUCCAUUCAUGUACAGGUCACAGACCGACAACGAAGGAAAUGUGAUGACUGAAUCUGGUACAGGGGGAGUGAAUAUGGAUACUGUUCUGUACAGCAAAAAUGGACAAACGUGCAUCGAGGAUCUGCCUGGGGAGGACCCAGAGACCCGAAGGCUACGCACUGUGAAGAACAUUGCUGACCUCCGGCAGAACCUGGAGGAGACUAUGUCGAGUUUACGGGGGACUCAGAUCACACACAGCACGCUGGAGACAACGUUCGACAGCAGUGUUACCACAGAGAUCAGUGGCCGCAGCAUACUCAGCAUGACAGGCAGGCAGGCCCCGUUGUCGUGGCGACUGGGACAGUCCAGCCCCCGCCUUCAGGCCGGAGAUGCUCCAUCGAUGGGGAACGGGUACCCUGCCCGGUCAAAUGCCAGCCGUUACGUCCACCCAGAGUCUGGCCGUUACGUGUACCCCACGCCCCUCCGCAGGCAGCUGGCAUCACGCAGCAGUAAUGUGUGCCACUCGGAUCUCCCCGAGAAGAGUGGGGACGACAUGGGCCUGGAGGGCAUCAACAUGGAUGUAGCCGGAUACAUGAGCGAUGGUGAUGUCCUGGGCAAGAAUCUACGAACUGAUGAUGUAACGAGUGGAUACAUGACGGAUGGUGGGUUGGGUCUUUACACACGUCGACUUAACCGCUUGCCAGAUGGAAUGGCUGCUGUUCGAGAGAACGUCCAGCGCAAUGCAUCUGUGGGGAUGGGUGAUGCAGACAGCUGGGAUGACAGCAGUUCCGUCAGCAGUGGGAUUAGCGACACAAUAGACAACCUCAGCACCGACGACAUUAACACAAGUUCUUCCAUCAGCUCGUAUGCCAACACACCAGCCACCUCUCGCAAAAACCCCGACAGCCAGACUGACGCUGAGAAACAUUCGGAAAGGAACUUCACUUGGUCUUCUGAAGAAAUGAAGAGAUCAGACGGUGGAUCCGACAGCGGAAUAAAGAUGGAGUCCAGCUCAAAAUGGAGGCGGAACCUGUCAGAUGUUUCUGAUGAGUCAGAGAAAGGUGGCUCAAACAAGAAGACCGCAGUCAUUUCCCAGACAGGAUCCUGGCGUCGGGGGAUGACAGCACAAGUUGGCAUCACCACACCAAGGGCUAAAACAUCUGCCAACACCCUUAAAGCGCAUGGAACUGCAAAAACCGAUGAUGCCAAGGUGUCGGAAAAGGGCAGACUAUCUCCUAAAUCAACAAGUGUCCACCGAUCUCCUUCUGAUGUAGGCCGUAGCAGUGGGGAUGAAGGGAAAAAGCCUCCAGUUAGUGUUUCACGCUCAACUGCAGGAACCAACACCUUUGGGUUCAAGAAACAUGGUGGAUCUUCAGGACCAAUCACCAUGAUUACAGCUAGCGGUGCCACAAUUACUAGUGGUUCAGCAACUCUUGGAAAAAUUCCCAAGUCGUCAGGCCUUAUAGGUCGAUCGUCGGGGCGGAAGGCCAGUGUGGAUGCCUCCCAGAGCACAGAGGAGAACUACCUGGUCCUGAACACACGCAGCAACCUGCAGUACCGCAGCCUGCCUCGUCCCAGCAAGUCAAACAGCCGCGGCACUGGGAACCGCUCGAGCACCAGCAGCAUAGACUCCAACCUCAGCAGUAAGUCGGCAGGUCUUCCCGUGUCGAAACUGAGAGAGCCAUCCAAGGUAGCCCCGGGCAGCACAGUGCCUACACUACCUAACCAGACUGACAAAGAGAAGGGAGUGUCGUCUGACACAGAGAGCGUGACUUCAUCCAACUCCGUCAAGGCAAAUCCCUCACAGAAUGCAACCAACAGCACUCCGAGUGCCCGGCAGCAGGCGUCCAAGUACCCUGACAUAGCUUCCCCCACCUUACGCAGACUGUUCGGGGUCAAGCCAAGCACCAAGCAAGCGCCUGUCACAACAGCUGAAAACAUGAAGAACUCCACAGUCAUUUCCAAUCCUCAUGCCACCAUGAACCAGCAGAACAGCCUGGACUCUCCUCCAUCCUGUUUAGGCAGUGGAGGCAGCAGCCCACUUUACAGCAAGACAACAGACAUGAUACAGUCACCUCUGGCAUCCAGUCCGGCGUCAGUCCAUUCCACAAAUUCAAAUGGGGCACCGUGGGGUGUCAGUCAGAGCAGUUCUUCCACCAUAAGUAAGGAUGGUCCUGGCUAUCAGUCAGUCAACAGUCUACACACCAGCUGUGAAUCCAUUGACAUCUCCCUCAGCAGUGGAGGCGGUCUAAGUCAUCACAACUCAACCAGUGGCUUGGUCCCUUCUUCCAAAGAAGAUUGUCUUACUCCCUUUGUGAGGACUAACAGCAUUAAGACAGCUAUGUCUGAGAGCCCUCUCUCUUCCCCUACUGCUAGUCCCAAAUUCAACAGAAAUACAUUACCAAGGAAACAAGACAGUGACCCGCAGCUUGAUAGGAAUACCCUGCCUAAGAAGGGAUUCAGGUAUACUCCUUCAUCUCAACUGCAAAAUAAUGAGGAGACAAAAGAGUGGCUGCGUUCGCACUCUGCAGUCGGACUACAGGAGAAUAUCAACAAUUCACCAUUUUCACCAGGAUCUAGUAUCACAUCGCCGUCCGCAACUAGGUUUAACUUUUCGCAAUUAGCGAGUCCAACUACAGCCACUCAGAUGAGCCUGUCAAAUCCCAGCAUGCUACGCUGUCACAGCGUGUCUAACCAGGACGGGUCAUAUGAUCCAUACAGUGAUUCCAGGUUCCGGAACAGUUCCAUGUCCCUGGAUGAGAAGCACAGGACUAUGAGUCGCUCCGGAUCAUUCCGCGAUGGAUUUGAGGAAGUUCAUGGCUCUUCCUUAUCUCUCGUUUCCAGCACCUCAUCUAUAUACUCAACGCCUGAAGAAAAAUCACAGUCAGAGAUCCGCAAACUUCGGCGGGAGCUCGAUGUUUCCCAGGAGAAAGUGGCAGCCCUUACGACGCAGCUCACUGCUAAUGCUCACCUGGUGGCAGCCUUUGAGCAAAGCCUCGCAAACAUGACAGGAAGAUUGCAAAGUUUAACCAUGACUGCUGAACAGAAGGAUUCUGAACUUAACGAACUGAGAAAAACCAUCGAACUGCUCAAGAAGCAGAAUGCUGCUGCCCAAGCCGCAAUCAACGGUGUCAUCAACACACCAGAACUAUCGUGUAAAGCAGGAAAUGGUACAUCUCAGUCAGCAGAUCUGAGGAUUCGGAGGCAGCAUUCAUCAGAUAGUGUGUCCAGUGUUAAUAGUGCUACCAGCCACUCUAGUGUGGGCAGCAGUGCAGAGGUGGAUUCCAAGAAAAAGAAGAAGAAGAACUGGUUAAGAAGUUCCUUCAAGCAAGCAUUUGGCAAAAAGAAGUCUCCUAAAUCAGCUUCAUCUCAUUCGGAUAUUGAAGAAAUGAAUACUCCCGAUUCUUCCUUACCUUCAUCCCCCAAGUUUGCUCAUAAUGGAUCUACUCCCACAACCCCAUUGAUGAGAACAUCGCACUCCAACUCACUUAUCUCUGAAUGUAUCGACGGUGAGGCUGAGACCAUUAUUCAGCUGCGUGGUGAGCUGAGAGAAAAAGAGAUGAAGUUAACAGACAUUCGACUUGAAGCACUGAGUUCUGCUCACCAACUCGAUCAACUGCGUGAGGCCAUGAAUAGGAUGCAGACUGAAAUUGAAAAGCUGAAGGCAGAGAAUGAUCGCUUGAAGUCUGAAACCCAAGGCAGCUGUAGUCGUACCCAGUCGCAGCUCUCCAUCUCUUCAUCCCCUCGUCAGUCACUUGGCCUUUCCCAACACAGCCUCAAUCUGACCGAGUCCACCAGUCUUGAUAUGCUACUCGAUGACAACGCAGAUGGCUCGGCCCGCAAAGAAGGCAGGCACGUGAAGAUAGUAGUCCGCUUGCAAGAAGAGAUGAGAUGGAAAGAGGAGUCUCGGAUUCGUCAAUAUAUAGUUGGUUGCAUUGGAGUCAGCGGUAAGACAAAGUGGGAUGUCUUGGAUGGUGUUGUGCGGCGUCUGUUCAAGGAGUACAUUAUCCAUGUGGAUCCAGUCAGCCAGUUAGGCCUCAACUCAGAUAGUGUGCUGGGCUACAGCAUAGGAGACAUCCAACGCACUAAUAAUGUAGACACGCCAGAGCUGUUACCCUGCGGCUAUUUAGUGGGAGAAAGCAACACAGUCACAAUGUCAUUGAAAGGCUUGUCAGAACAUAGUUUAGAUUCCCUUGUGUUUGAGACACUGAUCCCAAAGCCGAUGCUGCAACGGUAUGUCUCACUGCUGACGGAUCACCGCCGGAUCAUUCUGUCAGGUCCAAGUGGCACUGGGAAAACCUAUCUGGCCAAUCGGCUUGCUGAGCACAUGGUGCUCAGGGAAGGGAGAGAACUGACAGAUGGGGUCAUUGCUACCUUUAAUGUGGACCACAAAUCAAGCAAGGAGCUGCGGCAGUAUCUUUCAAACCUUGCAGAUCAGUGCAACAGCGAGACCAAUGCAGUGGACAUGCCAAGUGUGAUCAUCCUGGACAAUUUGCAUCAUGUUAGCUCCCUGGGAGAGAUCUUCAAUGGCCUUUUGAACUGCAAGUACCAUAAAUGCCCUUAUAUCAUUGGCACAAUGAACCAGGCUACAUCUUCCACUCCUAACCUUCAACUUCAUCAUAACUUCAGGUGGGUUCUGUGUGCGAACCACACUGAACCAGUGAAAGGUUUUCUGGGUCGCUAUCUUCGCCGGAGACUGAUAGAAACUGAGAUCAGCACCAGAACAAGAAACACAGAACUGGUCCGGAUCAUUGACUGGAUUCCCAAGGUCUGGCACCACUUGAACAGAUUCCUGGAAGCCCACAGCUCAUCUGACGUCACCAUUGGUCCUCGACUAUUCCUGUCCUGUCCAAUGGAUGUUGAUGGUUCAAGAGUAUGGUUUACAGACUUGUGGAAUUAUUCCAUCAUCCCUUACCUGCUGGAGGCAGUCAGGGAAGGGCUGCAGCUGUAUGGAAGAAGAGUUCCUUGGGAGGAUCCAGCAAAGUGGGUGAUGGAUACGUAUCCAUGGGCUGCCACUCCCCAGCACCAUGAGUGGCCCCCGCUCCUGCAGCUGAGGCCUGAAGAUGUAGGCUUUGAUGGAUUUAUCCUGACACGAGAAGGUGGUUCAAGUAAACAACCUCAACAGAGCGAUGCUGAAGGAGACCCCCUUAUGAAUAUGUUAAUGAGGCUGCAAGAAGCUGCAAAUUGCUCCAGUCCCCAUAGUUACGACAGCGAUUCCAAUAGCAACAGCCAUCAUGACGAUAUUCUAGAUUCAUCUCUUGAAUCGACACUUUGAUCAAUUUGUUCCGCCAAAAUAACGCUACCAUUUCCAUCCACAUUCUCCGAAUAUUGCCAUGCAACUUGAGGACUGAAACACUCGAUUCAAAAAGACAGAGGGAAUGAUCAAUCAAUGACUUUGUUGCUCACUUUGUUGGAUAGAAGCCUCAGUUAUAACAAGAGAAAUGGGUCUUCAAGUACGAGACACUUUAAUUCAAUGUUAAAUAUUGAAACCCUGGUGGGUGCAGGUAACCCAAGGGAGACUACAUUUUGGGCUUUUUCCCCUCCCUGUUUUGUUUUAUAAACAUAAACUGCACUAUUCCUUCGCUUAACUGCUGGAGGCAUCAGUGCUAAGCCAAUGAAGAAAUGUUGAGCACUGCAUACAGAAGUAGUAAAGCCUGAUUUUACAAGGUCUGGAACUAAUGUCAUUGUGCCAUGUACUGUCCUGGUAAGAUUGUAUCUAAUGCUGCUCUCAACCAAACAGUCAGCAAACACUGGAAAUCUCAAUCAACUCCCUUCAAUAAAGGAGAGCGAGGAGUAGGGGUGGGUUGGCAGAGAGUGUUGUUGUGGGUGUUCAGUGUUCAGACCCUGUCAACUGCAUGUGGUUUUUGGUGCUUUGUGACCACCCCCUUGUUGCUAUUUUGCAGUUGGCUGGGUUAAAAGAAAACAAGCUAAGCCCUGUGUGUUUGGUCUCCAUUUCAUCCACGGUCUCCGCAAAACAUUUUCAGGCCUCUUCACCAAUAGCUGACUGUUGAAAGGAAGCAUGGCUCUUACUAAGGCCGUGACUUUGGAACCCAUGGUUGAGCCAGAAAUCGAUACUGAAGGUCACUGUUUUCUCCUGCUCUCCCUUUCCUUGUUGAAAACACGUGCACAAACAUUUUGAUUGUUACUAAGGCUUGUCUCCUCACCAGGACUCAUAACACCUCCACUGGAAUUGCACUUUGUCUUUGCAAAAACACAAAAAGAAAAGCUGGAUUGAGCUGUACCUCAGCGAAGAAACGCAAACCUUCAGCCAAAUCCAGGAAAGCCUUUUUUUAUGUCUGGUGCUGGAAAUAAAUGAUGCCUUACUCUCGUUCUCUCUUGAUACUGAUUUUCGUGAUGCAUUUUCUUUUGCCGUUGAUUUUGUAUUGUUUCUGAAGACAGGGCUGGAAUUUCAUCUCAAAAUAUUAAAAGAGCCAAGUUUUUGUUUUUAUAGAAUCAGUGUUGGUUCAAAUGACAAGCAAGUUAUUUGUUAGAAGCAAGACAAAUAAGGAGGAAAGUCAAUGAUUUCUUGGUUCAUAACCAGUCUGGAACUUUAUAGCAUUUGUACCGUGACAGUGAAUCAUCCUACGGUGGAACUCUAACUGCAAAUUUGGACUUUGUGUACGAAAGACGAUACUAUCGCUGCAAAAAAUAAUUCUUGAUGGACAUUACAAAGAUAAUGGUGUAUAAAUAUUGAAAUCAUCCAGUGACUGAGUAAUAGGUUAUAAUUGGAGUGCUUGUUGUGCUGUGCUGUUGUACCCUGCUUUUUAUGUGAUGUAUUAACACAAAAUCUGUUGUUCAUACACUUUGGCUGAUCAAUGUGUUCCCCUAUACCUCAAUGGGUUUCUUUAUGCUGCCAUAAUCCUAUUGUUACGGUACCUUGGUCACAAUCUCUCAGUUGUAACGUUGAAACUGUGAUAGAAAUGGUUCAGCGCAGAGUGGGUUGUUGGAGUGCAAGGCUGCGUUCCACCAAGCUGCUCCUGAACUCACCUAUUUUUUUCUUCAAAUUUGUACUUUUGUUUUGAAAAUGCUUCCAGAAGUCUUUCUUUGCAUCCUUUCACAUCAUGGUGUCCAGUUAUUUAAUAGGGUUCUCUGAGUUUAAGAUGCUAUGCAAUGUUCAUGCUGAUUCUUAACGGAAGCCAAAAAAAAGUUCUUUCUUUUUUCAAAACUGCCAACCAUUGUACAGGCUGAAGGAGACUUGUAUAUGGCUUUGGCUUGACUUCGAGGUGGUGUUUACUGUAAAUUUUGGGGAAUUUUGUUUAAUGAUGAAAUGCUGAUCAUGGUAAUGAUUAUCGUACCAAACACAUGUUUGUUACUUGUGAUAACUUUUCACAUGGUUGUUCAAUAGAAAACUAUUUGUAGAAUUUAGUGACUUAAGUGGAACAGUUGUUUUAAAUGUGUUUAAUAUGAUGUACAUUUUUUCAUUGUAACAUAAAUUGUAAAUAAUUGAUUACAGUGAUGCAUUUUGAUGAAUUUUCUAGCCAUUUUUAAAACACUAGGAAAUGAGUAUUUUGUGUACUGUAUGCUGUGUCAUCCCAUUUGAAUCAAGUCUCGUUGCCCAUUGGAUUCAAUACGGCCUGUGCAAGACUAUGCCUCAUUUGGGGAACAAAUUUAGUAUUGUACCAGUCUUAAAUUAUUCCUGAUUCAAUAAAAUGAAUGCUUAUUUAUUCAA